ACGUCGGGGGGGCGGGCCCUCAGGAGCGCUCCCGCCGGACGGACCCCGGCGCCGAGUCCGGAGUCCCGCUCGCGGCUCGGGUCCCGUCAGCAUGUCGUUCGUGCCGGUGGCCGAGGACUCGGACUUCUCCAUCCACAACCUGCCCUACGGCGUCUUCUCCACCGCAGCCAACCCAAGACCGAGGAUCGGCGUGGCCAUCGGCGACCAGAUCCUGGACCUGAGCGUCAUUAAGCACCUCUUCACCGGGCCCGUCCUCUCCAAACACCAGGAUGUGUUUGUUCAGCCAACCCUCAACAACUUCAUGGGGCUGGGCCAGGCCGCCUGGGAGGAGGCCCGCGCUUUCCUGCAGAACCUGCUGUCCGCCGGCCAGGCCAGGCUCCGGGACGACGCGGAGCUGCGCAAGCGUGCUUUGGUCCCCCAGGCCCUCGCCACCAUGCACCUCCCGGCUGCCAUCGGCGACUACACGGACUUCUACUCCUCGCGGCAGCACGCUGCGAACGUCGGGAUCAUGUUCCGGGGCAAGGACAACGCCCUGAUGCCCAACUGGCUGCACUUACCCGUGGGCUACCACGGCCGCGCCUCCUCCAUCGUGGUGUCGGGCACGCCGAUCCGCAGGCCCAUGGGCCAGAUGAGACCGGAUGACUCGAAGCCUCCCGUGUACGGCCCCAGCAAACUCUUGGACAUCGAGUUGGAAAUGGCUUUCUUCGUAGGCCCCGGGAACCGCCUGGGGGAGCCGAUCCCCAUCUCCAAGGCGCAGGAGCACAUCUUCGGGAUGGUCCUGAUGAACGACUGGAGCGCCCGAGACAUUCAGAGGUGGGAGUACGUGCCGCUGGGGCCGUUCCUGGGGAAGAGUUUCGCAACCACCAUCUCCCCGUGGGUGGUGCCCAUGGAGGCCCUCAUGCCCUUCGUGGUGCCCAACCCGGAGCAGGACCCCAAGCCACUGCCGUAUCUCUGCCAUGACCAGCCCUACACGUUCGACAUCAAACUCUCUGUCGCCCUGAGAGGAGAGGGAAUGAGCCAGGGCGUUCCCAUCUGCAAGUCCAAUUUUAAGCACAUGUACUGGACGAUGCUGCAGCAGCUCACGCACCACUCCGUCAACGGCUGCAACCUGCGGCCCGGGGACCUGCUGGCUUCCGGAACCAUCAGCGGGCCGGAGCCAGAUAGCUUCGGCUCCAUGCUGGAGCUGUCCUGGCGCGGCACGAAGCCCAUCGAGCUGGGCAACGGGCAGACCCGGCGGUUCCUGCAGGACGGGGACGAAGUCGUCAUCACAGGACACUGCCAGGGGGACGGCUACCGCGUGGGCUUUGGCCAUUGCACGGGGAAGGUGCUGCCCGCCCUCCCACCGGCGUGAGGUCCUCUCCGGCGUCCUGGACACACCUGGCUGGACCCCCACCUGCCCCCCGACCCCGGGACCAGGGGCCCCUCUGUGGCUGUGGGCCCCCCCCCCCGCCUUCAGGAACAAAUGAAUAAAAGCCAUGGUGCCCUGUG